AUGUCCGAGUCCGACGCUCCCCCGACCGGCGACCGCCGCCUUCUUCUGGUCUCCAACCGCCUUCCCAUCACCAUCAAGCGACAAGAGGAGGGCAACUAUGACUUCUCCAUGUCAUCCGGCGGUCUGGUCACUGGCUUGAGCGGAUUGAGCAAGACCACUAGCUUCCAGUGGUAUGGAUGGCCGGGUCUCGAGGUCCCCGAGGGCGAGAUAGCUGGUGUUAGUCAACAGCUGCAGGACGAGUACAAUGCUCACCCCAUCUUCAUCGACGACGAGCUCGCCGAUAGACAUUACAACGGCUUCUCAAACUCGAUUCUCUGGCCUCUGUUCCACUACCACCCCGGCGAGAUCACGUUUGACGAGAGCGCAUGGGAGGCAUAUAAGGAGGUCAACAUGCUGUUUGCCGAGGCCGUAUUGAAGGAUGUACAGGACGGCGAUCUGAUCUGGGUACACGACUACCACCUUAUGCUUCUUCCCGAGAUGCUACGCAACGGACUGGCCGACAAGAAGGAUGUCAAGAUUGGUUUCUUCCUCCACACACCCUUCCCCAGCAGCGAGAUCUACCGCAUCCUGCCCGUUCGAGAAGCACUGCUCGAAGGUCUGCUGCAGUGUGACCUGAUCGGCUUCCACACCUACGACUACGCCCGCCACUUCCUCAGCUCGUGUUCCCGCAUUCUCGAGACCCCCACCACACCGAACGGCAUCGAGUACCAGGGCAAGUUCAUAACCGUCGGCGCAUUCCCCAUCGGCAUAGAUCCGGAGAAGUUCGUCGAAGGGUUGCAGAAACCAAAGGUACAGGAACGCAUCGCUACUUUGUCCCGGAAAUUCGAGGGUGUCAAGCUCAUCGUCGGUGUUGACCGCCUUGAUUACAUCAAAGGUGUUCCGCAGAAGCUUCACGCGCUCGAGGUGUUCCUCACCGAACACCCAGAGUGGAUCGGCAAGAUUGUUCUGGUACAGGUAGCAGUGCCUUCGAGACAAGAUGUCGAGGAAUACCAGAAUUUGCGCGCUGUCGUCAACGAACUAGUAGGGAGAAUCAACGGCAAAUUCGGCACUGUCGAGUUCAUGCCGAUCCAUUUCCUGCACCAGAGUGUCCAAUUCGAUGAGCUCUGCGCCCUGUAUGCUGUUUCCGACGUCUGUCUGGUCAGUUCGACACGCGAUGGCAUGAACCUCGUGUCGUACGAAUACAUCGCGACCCAAAAGGAUCGUCACGGCGUCAUGAUUCUGUCCGAAUUCACCGGGGCUGCGCAAUCGCUUAAUGGCAGCUUGAUUGUAAACCCUUGGAAUACUGAAGAGCUGGCGAACUCUAUCCACGAUGCCGUCACCAUGUCACCCGAGAUGCGAGAGGCGAACUACCGGAAACUCGAAAGAUACGUCUUCAAGUACACCUCGGCAUGGUGGGGCCAGAGCUUCGUGACCGAGUUGACCAAGGUCAGCGCGAAGGAGCAGGGAAUCGACAGCAAAACUCCUGUCGACGGUAGACCCACUCUGGCCGGGGAUGUUGGCCGAGUCUUUUCUGGUGUCUUUGAGAACGUCAAGGCCGCAGCCAGUUCGGCAUCUCCGGCGGGGCAUAGUGGCGCGAUUAGCUCUGGCAAGUGA